AUCGAAAACUGCGUUGUAAUACUUCAUUAUCAGUGUCUGCACUUCAGAACGUGCAGACUCUGCACGAAAACUGGUUUCGAAAUUUCUUGAGACAGACAGAAAUGACUCUCCGCAUUGUCCCAUCCCGUUACCGGGUCAUCAAAUGGAUGCUGUUUUUAUGCGUAGCAGGCAUGGUCCUCCUUUCUUCCUGCUCCCAUUUCAGCUACUUGGGUAAUUCGAGCCAUGAUUCCAGACAGGAAGACAGCCAAUCAGAGGCUCCGCACAGAAACGAAAACAUUGACGACUAUUCAGACAGAGAACAGAAGUCCCUCUACCGUGGCGAGAACCCCAGCCUGUGCGUCAACGUAUCCGUGGAUCUUCGCAUCGACUGCCACCCUGACAGAGGUGCCAACAAGGCCCGGUGCAUCAGUCGUGGAUGCUGCUGGCAUCCGUCCGCCGUUGCCGGCAUCCCACAGUGCUACGCGCCGCUGAACUACAGCGGUUACAAAACCAUUUCCACCGACUCAACGAAGUACAGCAUUGUCCUCACCCUGCUACGAUCCACGCCUUCGGGAUUUCCGCGCGAUUCUUUGCACGUCGGUAUUGAAGUUCGGAAGUACGACAUCGACACAAUCCGUAUUCGAGUUACCGACAAACAAGUGACCCGCUUCGAACCUCCUGUGCCUCCCAUUGCUGAAAAAGCAUAUACGGAGUCAGCACGAUUUCAAGUGCAACUGACCAAGGAAGGCAACCUGCUGAUUACAUUCGAGGAUAUCACGUUCAUAUUCGAGAUUAGUAGCCUCAUCUUCAGCCAGUUUUUCAACCAGCUCGCAGUGCAGGUGCCUGCCUCCAUCAUCUACGGCAUCCGGUCAGAGAACGGCUCCUAUUUCAAUCCUCUUACCCGAUCUAGGCACGUGUUUUACAUUGAUGAGCCCGAGGAUACGACUUACCUAACUGCGAAUGACGUUCCCACGUUUUACGGCGGCCAUCCUUUCCUCCUCCUCCUACACAACCGCAGCAACGUGGCUACUGGAUUAUUUCUCCUCAACAGCAACGAAGUCGAAAUGCAACUGUCAGAAGGAGCGCUGGCAACGUUCAAGACAACCGGAGGAGUCCUGGACUUCUUUCUCUUCCUGGGUCCAUCCCUCACGUCUGUUAUGGUGCAAUACCAGAAAGUGGUCGGAUUUCCACGCCUGCCUCCGAAGUUUCUGCUCGACUACUAUCCAAGCGGGAACUCUGUCUACAAGAAGCUAUCGGAGUACGUGACCACGAAGACCAUCGCUGAGGUGCACAACUUACUCUCGACUGCUCGAAAAUCCUGGAAUGUAUCCAUCGACCAAAAAAUCGUCGUUCAAACCAGGGAGGGCAAAGCAGCUCGAUGUGACGUACAAAAUGCCAACAUCCGUUACCUUAUCGACUUCACCCAUCCCGCGAAAAUGGAGUUCUGGUUCGGAGUGUUGGAUGGGACCCAACUCUUCUCUGCCAAAAAUCCGUAUUACAUAAUCGACUUGGAAGCACCUCGCUGCCCCAAAGUGGGAAACGAAUGUCCCCUUCCCGUUAGGUUACCAUACCUGCCGCCAGGGGUCACCUACAAUCGUAGUGGAAUCGAGUGCCAUACGAACGUUCUCCGCCUGUCGACGUACAGAGAUCUCAAACACGUCUACACCUUCCUUCAAGCUCGAACGACCAUUGACGCCCUAUCGAGUCUUCAAAUGAGACGGCAAGGCAUCAUUGCGGAGAGGACAUUCCCGGGUCAAGGCAGUGCCACUGGUCAUUGGGUUCGGCGUCCCAGGCAUAGCUGGUGGGGACUCAACGGCGCUCUUGGUGGCUUGCUUCGCUACAGCAUGUAUGCUAUGCCGCUCUUUGGAACCAAUGUGUGCAAUUUCGACUCAAACACCAAGGAUCCACAUGGCAGUCUGUGCAACUCCUGGCUAAGCCUGGCUAUGUUCUUCCCUCUACUGCGGAGAGAAGCAUCCACAUCGCUAGACGGAGCCCUCUCGGAAACCUUCAAGAAUCACACCGUAACGCUUCGCCAGUUCUUCCAGCCGUACACCUACACCCUACUGUUCAAGAGCAGCAAAUACGGCGAAAUCGUGGCCAGACCAAUGGCUUUCGAGUUUUCAGACGACCUUAAAGCCAGAAGACUCCCUUUCCAGUUCAUGUGGGGCAACGCACUGCUGAUCGUUCCCAAAAUGACGCCGCGCAGGAGGAGAGUGCUCCGUGUGUACUUUCCAGCGGGGAUAUGGUACAACUGGCACGGCGCCGACCGCAUCGACAGCAACGGAGAAUACAUGAAUAUGGCUGCCCAUAAACACGAGCCUGGCAUCUACAUACGGAGCGGAUUUAUCGUGCCUGGCGACGGUGGACCUCCAGAACGUUAUGAAACCACACUGCACCUCGUUAUAGCACCGGAUCAGACUGAUUAUGCCACUGGGAACGCCUACGUCGAUGACGGCAUUAGUCUUUAUUCCAUUGAGCGGAAAGAUUUCAGCUACUUCAGCUUCUUCUACAUGACGAACACGCUGACCGGACACUGUAUGCCGUGCAGGAAGAGACAGUCGGCCGUUCUGACGAGAGUUACGUUGCUUGGCGUCGCUACAACUCCAAAGGCCGCCACACUGAAUGGGAAACCGGUCAAGUUUACGAAAGUUGGAACGACUCUUCACUUGCUUCAACUGAAGCACCCUUUGUUGCAGCCAUUUAGCCUUGUGUGGCAAUGAGCUAGAAUCUUGUUCCAUUUGUUACUGUUGAAUAAAGAGUUGCACUGAA